CAAUAGAGCUUUCAUUUAAAAAGUUUUUUCUUAGAAUCUGGGGGAAGGAAUAAACAACAUUUUUGGAAAAUGAGAGCUUCGCUCACUAGAUUUAUACAAAGUUUUAAAAGCUAUAAACCUCCUAAGAAUCAAGCUAUUGGCUUUGAUCAGAAAAUAUUAUCGUGUCUGCAGAAGAACCAUAAUUCAAGGUCGAUUUCUAGUGUCGCUUUUCGUGAUGACCACGUCAAAAGUCAUCCCAAUUCGCCUCGAACUUUGCAGGCUGUUUCAAAGAACUCUUUAGCUAGUCAUUUGAUUGGCAGGAGAUAUUACACCCCAACUGGAGACCAUGCAAAGCAUUUUAACUUUAUUGCAGAUGCUGUUGAGAUCGCCUCGCCCGCAGUUGUGUAUGUAGAGGUAGCGAUCCAGCAACAAGGUGGUUUAUUUGGCGGAGGGGGCGUGGCACAAGGAGCUGGAUCUGGUUUUAUUGUCACCGACUAUGGUGUCAUUUUAACAAAUGCCCACGUUGUGACCAACUCGAGAAGUGUAUCUGUAAAGCUGGCAUCUGGGGAUGUCCAUGGAGCAGAGAUCCUUGAUAUUGAUCCAGUGGCUGAUUUGGCAGUUUUAAAAAUCAAACCUGAAAACAAACUGCCAACAAUUAAACUUGGGAAUUCUGCUACACUGAGGCCAGGUGAAUGGGUUAUUGCACUAGGAAGUCCGCUUAAUCUCAGCAAUACUGUUACAGCUGGAAUUGUCAGUACAGUACACAGAGGUGGCAGAGAUAUUGGCCUCAGAAAAGGGGACAUGAAAUACAUCCAGACUGAUGCUGCAAUAAAUAGAGGGAAUUCCGGGGGUCCAUUGAUCAACCUGGAUGCAGAAGUCAUUGGUAUUAAUACAAUGACAUUGCUGAAUACAACUGGGAUAUCUUUCGCUGUGCCAAUUGACCGUGCAAAGGCUUUUCUGCUCCAAGCUUUGGAGAAACAAGACCGAGGUAAAACCCAAACAUUAGUAAAAAAAGCACAAAGGCCAUAUAUUGGAAUAAAAAUGAUGUCUUUGUACCCUCAAAUUGAGGGACAACUGCGUCAACAAAUUCAAGGUUUUCCCGAUGUUUCUCAUGGGGUUCUUGUGGUUGAGGUCGUUCCUGGCUCACCUGCACAAAGGGGAGGUCUGCAGCCUUACGAUGUAAUAACUGAAGUUGAGGAUGUCAUAGUGAGCAGUACAGAGCAGCUUCAUGAGUUUGUUAGAAGGGGAAGAGAAAUGAAUAUUAAAGUAACAAGACCUGGAAACAAGAGGGAUAUUUUGAGGAUUUCACCCAUACUGCAGUGACAAUCUUGAACAGAUACAUCUGCACUUCACCCUCCUCCAUCAAUAUUAAGACCUUUUUCAGGCAAAAAUCAUUUUUGACUGCUGCUUAUUUCUGGUAGAAUAAAGAUUUUGUAAUGAGUAUGAUUGGUCAAACAAAUAAUCAAUUAACUGUUAUGUACCCAAAAGUCUAAUAGAUCCUAAAGACAUCAAUUAACCUCUUCCAACAAGGUUUAAUAUUGUUUCUAUAUUAAAUGUUUUUCCAGUAAUUGAUGAUCUGCUACAAAUAUCUCUAAAGGGAGACUUGAUCCUGACCUUCUUGCAAAAACAAAUCAUCCAAUCCCCAUCUAAAACCAAUCCUUCCAUUAUUAGAGACCCAUUAAACCAGUUGUAAUCAAGAAACAAUUUAAACACAAAACACCUACCAGACGUUUGGUAUUAUUAUAUAUGCUAAUGCUAAUGGAUAUGACAACUUUUACUUUUAUUGAUGAUCAAGACUUAAUAUGAUAACACGACCUAGAACAGAGUCUGUCCUGUUUAGAAUACAAUUCAUUCAAAUUUGUUUUUGUAACAGUUUUUAUAAAAGACUCAUGCAUAAUCCACUCAUUCAUCCUUGCUUAAAAAUUCAUCAUUUUGAAUAAAAAUAGAAGCUGGUGCCACAGAACUGCCAUUUGGCCAGACAAUGGAAUAAUAUUAAUGCUUUGAAGAAAUAGAUUUGGAAUUCCCUAUAAAGGCAAAUGAUGCUUGGGUACCAAAUUUUAGACCAAAGAAAAAUAAAUCCUUUUUUGUGUUUGAUUGGAGGAACAUAUAGCAAAUUAAUCAUAACAGCUACCAAAUAGUAUAAUAUUGCUGAAAAAUUUCCCACGCAUGAUACAACAAAAAUCUUUGGCUUUGUGUUUUGAAUUUUACAGUUUUUACAAUAUAUGCUUUACCAAAAGCUUUGCAAAAUGUAACAGAAUGGAUAAAAGCGAUACUGAGAUUUGGAAUUUGUGGAUACCUUUUUAGAUUUUGAGGCAUAGAACUAAACCUUCUUUGAAUAUGAUCUUUAUUUUAUGAACAUUCAAGCAAACAAUUAAUCCACAAACAUUUCAAAUGUGAGCAAAAUUCAACACUACCUUUUUAAGAACUGCAAACCUUUCAUUGUUCUUAUUUUACCAUUAUUUUUAAUUUGAUUAUCCAAGUUCAAAGUUAAGUAACAAAGAUUACAUGCUACCAAUUAUUUUCAAGAAAUUUUGUUUCUCUCUGUUUAUCGAGGUGCCAGAUCCCCUAGAAUAUUUAGUGUGGAUUUUCAUAUGAUAGGAAAUCCAAGUAAAAACAACAGAUCUGGAAUUUAGUUUGAUAAAUUUGAAAUACUAAUCAAAAGUUUAUUUAGAACAACAUAAAAACUGUUUGC